AGUGCAGGCCUGGCGCCGGAGCGCUGCCAUGGAGCCCGGGCGGGGAGCCGGGCCGGGGCCGGGGCUGUGGCGCUGCGGGCGGCGGCUGCUCUGGGCCGCCUCCCUGCUCUGCGUCCUGCUGGACCUGCAGCUCCCAGGUUUGCUGGCCUCCGGGCAGGCCGAGAUCGAGAACCACCUGGAAAUGGGGCGCAAGCUGCUGGCGGCCGGACAGCUGGCCGAGGCACUGUCUCAUUACCACUCCGCCGUCGAAGGCGACCCCAAGAAUUACCUCACCUAUUACAAGCGAGCGACCAUCUACUUGGCCAUGGGCAAGUUCCGCUCGGCGCUACCCGACCUGUCGAAGGCCAUUGAGCUCAAGCCGGACUUCCUGGCCGCCAGGCUGCAGAGGGGCAGCAUUCUCCUGAAGCAGGGCAACACGGAGCAGGCCAAGCAGGACUUUGAAGCUGUGCUGCAGAGCGAUCCCAGCCACAAGGAGGCUCAGAGCCAGCUAGCCAGACUCACCGAGCUGGAAGUGUCCAUGCAGGAGGCCCGGGCAGCCUAUCAGAGGACAGACUACGCGGGAGCCAUCCGCAUCCUGGAGCGAGCUGUCGAGAUCUCCCCGUGGGCCCCCGAGGCCAAGGAGCUGCGCGCCGAGUGCCAUCUCCUGCUGGGCGACUACGGCAAGGCCAUCCUGGACCUGAAACCCACCACCAAGCUCCGCGCCGACAACCGGGCAGCUUUCCUGAAGCUCAGCCAGCUCUACUACGGCCUGGGGGAGCACGAGGAGGCCCUGGCGCAGGUGCGUGAAUGUCUCAAGCUGGAUCAGGACGACAAGGCGUGCUUUGCCCACUACAAGCAGGUCAAGAAGCUCUCCAAGCAGCUGGAGUCGGCCGAGGAGCACGUCCAAGCGCAGAGGUACGAGGAAGCCAUCGACAAGUACAAAGCGGCCAUGAAGACGGAAUCGCAAGUGGAAGUUUACAUCAUCAGGGCCAAGGCCCGCAUCUGUCACUGCCUCUCCAAGAGCAAACGGCCCCAGGAAGCCAUCGACGUGUGCACGGAGGCUCACCAGCGGGACCCACGCAACAUCUUCAUCCUGCGUGACCGGGCCGAGGCCUACAUCCUGAACGAGGAGUUCCAGCAAGCGGUGGAGGAUUACCAGGAGGCCAAGGAGUUUGACGGGGAAAACGAGGAGGUGAAGGAGGGGCUGGAGAGAGCCCAGAAGCUGCUGAAGCAGUCAAAGAAACGGGACUACUACAAGAUCCUGGGGAUUCGGAGGAACGCCAACAAGCAGGAGAUCAUCAAGGCCUACCGGAAGCUGGCCCAGCAAUGGCAUCCCGACAACUUCCAGUCCGAGGACGAGAAGAAGGAGGCGGAGAAGAAGUUCAUCGACAUCGCGGCCGCUAAAGAGGUCCUGACAGACCCAGACAUGCGGCAGAAGUUUGACUCCGGAGAGGACCCCUUGGACCCCGAGAACCAGCAAGGGGGGGGAGGGCACCCCCACCAGUGGCCUUUUGAGUUUAACCCUUUCGGCUCUGGCAAUUUUCACUUCAAAUUCCACUUCAAUUAGCUCGGGGCGGGAGGAAGAGCUCCGGACUGCGCGUCGAGGGGAGACCAGGGCUGACGGUCUCUCCUGUAGACUCCUGCACGGGCCCCGGAGUCGCCUCCCGCUCAUCGUGUCAAAUGUGUCCUGCCACGUUUCUUUCUGGCCUGGGAACGGGGCCAUUUCUGGGGCAUUUGCUUUCCCCGUGACCUGCAGAGAGGUAGAGAAUGAAAUGGUUUUGCCGCCUCUCUAUGGUGUCUCAAGAAGGCCUGCGAGGAUCUCUCUUUCUAUGCUGAAUUUCCCGGAGAACUAAUUGGAUUCUCUCCGUCUGUGCAUCCCAUCUUCGGCCCUGGAGUGAGACAUGCACCUAGCCCCCCAUGCUUUCCCUUCAUCCAGCUGGGCAUCGGUUUGAAUUCCGAUCCUCUCAAUCUCUUCUCGUUUGUGGUGUGCGACGGCUAACGCCCAAGGCACGCUUAGGAGAAAAGCGGUCUGCGUUGAAGGUUCGGCGCGAGGGUUGAUUGGAAGUUGCCCAUCAAAAGGAGAAUUAUUCGCCCCAGGCGUGACUGGAGUGUCUGCCACAGGGAAAGUUUUUGGGAAACGCGUCGGCCUUUGGUUGGAAAAACAAACGCAUGCCUCAGAAAUGAAAAAUUUUCAAUUUGGACUCACGGGAGUUGUCAUUCAGGGGGCUUCAUGCCUCCUAUGGGCUUGGCCUGCCUCUGCAGUAAUGCAGCAGGGGCUCCCAUACUGCACGGAGGCAUCAUGGGAGAUGUAGUCCAGCCAGGGCGUCUGGGCUACAGACCAGAAAGGGGGCACAAGGUGCCCGAACUACAUCCCCCAUGAAGACGUCACCACAUCCAAGUCAAAAAUCAGUCAGCUUUUGAAUUUUCGCUAGGAAAUUGAAAUUGUCCUGCAGGAAAAUUGAGUCAAAACCACUUUUUUUUUAUUUCUUCAUUUUUUUUUAGAUUUUUCUUAUACCCGUCUCCCUUUUUUCCAAGCCCACCCCCAUCACGUCAUCGGGGGGCUGAGAGAGCACGGGACCCCCAUAGCCGACCUCCAACGAGCCCUGUAAAACAAGUGAAAGCCAGCCAGCCAUUUCUGCUCGAUGUGUGUGGUUUACAAACCAAUCAGAGUCCCUUGGGGGAAAAAUAUGUGCUGGAUUAUUUAUUAGUAUUUUUUAAUGAACCAAAAAAAGCCUUUUUUCCCCCGAAAAAAAUCUCCCUUGCACAGUGACGAGCUCUUGGUGAAAACUCACCUAAAUUCCUGGAAAACCGGCUCUUUCCUGAUAUAUUUUUCACAGAGAAACAAAAUUUGUUUCCCCGUCUUGGCAAAACCCCUCCCAGGCCUUUGCGUAGCUAAAAAAGACGCAGCCCCGCUAAUGUUUCCCUUUUCCGCAUCCCUUUCAGUGGGCUAAGCGGUUCUUUACUCCUGGCUGUACGAGGACUCUGUUAAUUUCUGUCAGGGCUGAUGAAAGGCUAAGCAGGAAUUUUAAUUCGGUUAACGAUCAUUCCCACCCUCCGUGCUGCUUGCUCCCGCCCCCCUCUGGCUGGUAACGGUGCAGUCAGCCCCGCUGACGUUUUAUAACUGACCUGGAUUUAUUUUCUCCCCCGUUGGCUCUUUUAUAGAUACGAUUUUUAACCUUGAUUUCUUUUCAGGAGCGGGUUGUAAUCAUUGCACAGGCAAGGGGUGGCAGGCGCCGCCCCCGAGGUUGGGAUUAAAGUUUGUAUUGCAAACAGGG